AGGGACGACGCUUGGCGGUCGUCGUGGCCGCGGCGUGCGGGCGGGCGUCGGGGCAGCGGCGAGCAGGGGAGGCGGGCAUCUCUGGGCGACCCAGCGCUGAGGGGGUGUUCGUACUUCUCCGAGUCUUGCUCUCCCCGCCCCCGUCUCUCCCGCCCGCCCCGCCGGGACCUCUCCUCUCCGGGCGGCAGCAGAGCCGCCUCAGGGCGGGCGGCGGCAGAGGUGCUAGUGGGGCGCUCUCGCCGUCCAGCCCGCCGGGAACAUGGCGACCGGCGGCUACCGCAGCGCCGGGGGUAGCACCACGGACUUUCUGGAGGAGUGGAAAGCCAAGCGGGAGAAGAUGCGUGCGAAGCAGUCGCCGCCGGCCCCGGGGCCGCCCGCCGGGGGAGAGUCCCGACCCGUGGGGGGUCCCUCCGCCGAGCUGAACAACAACCUGCCCCCAGGCGGCCCGGCCGCGCCCUCCGACCGCGCGGCGCCCCCCGCCGGCGGGGCCGUCAACUGCCUGAGCGCCGCCUUGGGCCGGGCCGCCCCCGCCAAGGAGCCGCCGCCGGCCCUCGCUGGGGGCCGGGGCGUCGAGCCCGCCGCCAAGCCCCCUCCCGCCGCUGCGCCGGGGUCCCCCGAGGGCGAGGAGAAGGUGGCCACCAAGGGAAAGAGCUCGGGCCCCAGCGCCAGGAAGGGAAAGGGGCAGAUCGAGAAGAGGAAGCUGCGGGAGAAGAGGAGGUCGACAGGUGUGGUGAACAUCCCGGCCGCCGAGAGCCUUGAUGAGUAUGAAGAUGAUGAAGCAGGGCAGAAGGAGAGAAAGAAGGAGGAUGCUAUUACCCAGCAGAAUACGAUACAAAAUGAGAGUUCCAGUGCAGAUACCUCUGGCUCAUACUUGUUACAGGACUCCUCCAGGAUGGUUUCAAGCAGGUAUAAAAGCACAGCUAAUGCACCAGAGGAUGAUGCUCCAAAUAGAUAUUCCCGAACAGACAGGACAACUUACAGCAGAUACAGCAGGGAUGCAAAUUCUUCUGGCAGUUCCAUACCAAGCAAUGCUUUGGAAAAGAGGAUUGAGGAGCUUGAAAGGGAACUUGCCAAGGAGAGACAGGAAAAUGCAAGAUUAAUGAAGAUGACACAGGACAAAGAGGAACUAAUUGGAAAGCUGAAGGAAGAAAUUGACCUAUUAAACAGAGACCUAGAUGAUAUAGAAGAUGAAAAUGAACAAUUGAAGCAAGAAAACAAAACCCUCUUAAAAGUUGUUGGACAGCUAACAAGGUAGAAGAUUCAAGCCUCAAUGAGGAAACAUUUAAAAACUACUGAUUGAACAUUAAGGUCAAUAUAGUAAUAAUUCCUGUGUUGCAGUAUGUUAUACUAAGUGUCUUUAUAUUUAUUGUUAGGAAACCAGAUGAAUGUCUAUUUUGAUAGUACUUUCUUCAUUCAACAAAAUGUCAUCAAAUUUAGGGUAUAUUUUUGGCUUUCUUUUCACAUAGUUAAAGUUUUUGACAUCAGAAUAAUAAGUUCAAAAACAUUUGGGGUUUGUAUCUUCAGAUUACAUCUGGAUAAAUUACAGUAAUUUAAAAUUCAUAGCACCAAGAUCACUUUCAUUCCAGGUGGGUGUAUAUUUUUUAAAUGAAUGGAAGCAAUACAUAUAAGCUUUGUUUACACAGAUCCAAAAUAUAUAUUUUGGGAAAUAUUUCCUUUUUUGUUUAAACAACUGUAAAGUGAAUGCCUUAUUUCUGAUGUAUAACAUUUUGCAGAUUGAUUACUUGCUCUAAAGCUCUGUAUGUUGAGGUUUUUUUUACUGUAUCUGGAAGGAGUGGCAACAGUAGUGAUUUUUUUUCUUUUUUUUUUUUUCUGUGUAACAGUAUUCUGACAGGAAGGAGAGGUUUUGUUAAAAAUAAUCCACCAAAAACCCAAUAAAUCACCUGUGAUAACAGCAUUAAUUAGUUCCUAGAAUCAUAUUGGAGUUGUGCGCUGCAGUUUAUUUUAAAUCUUCUGCUUUAGCAAUGAAAUAGAAGUUUGUUAUUGUACAGUAAGUUCGUUUGCUGUGUUGAGAAUUCAAACAAAGCCUGGAGCUUUCAUUUUUAAGAAAGACACUUUUGCAAUAUGCUUCUACUUAAAGCUGUCAUCUUAAAAUUUGUAGUGAUCAUAACCAAUAUGAGGUUUUUGAUGUUUUCAUUUUUGAAGCGGGGUAAAUUGUUUGUACAUAGGGUAGAGGGCCAUGCAGGUGAUUCAUGCCCUUUGGAGACAUCCAGUGGUUUUAAAAAACCCUUUUAUCUUGAUUUUAAACUAAUAAGGUGUUUCAAAAGUACCUGUUAGAUGUUACAAUCCACUUAUAACUGCAUUCUGAUUCUUCUGUGACAUGACAAUAAACAAAAUUUUCAAUUGACAGUAACCAUGGACCUCAGUUAAGAAUUUUACAGAAGAUAAUUGUUAUUAGAUGGAAAUUUUGUAUACAGCACAUUUUUUUCAUUCCUGUGCAGAGUGUAUGUGUCAUUUGAGUCAGGACACUAGAAAUGAAAACAUUUCAAAGCGUCCAGGCUUUUUCUUGACAAUUUAAAAGUUUGCUGUUGGAAAAUUA